AAAGCCCCAGGUCCUCCCGGCCUUCCAGGCUCCCCAGGCCCUCCAGGUCUUAAUGGAUCUAAAGGUGACACAGGUCCACAGGGAGCUAAAGGUGCACAGGGAAACCAAGGUAUUCCGGGCAAUAAAGGAGAACCUGGUCUCAAAGGUGAUGCUGGCAUAAACGGUACGAAUGGUGUCAAUGGAUCUAAAGGUGAUCAGGGUCCUCGAGGGGAGAAGGGAGAUCCUGGAGUGAAAGGUGACGCAGGCGCAAAUGGUACUGAUGGUGCUGCUGGACAAAAGGGUCAUACAGGUGUUCAGGGUGACAAAGGAGAACCAGGGGCUCAAGGACCAAAAGGAGAUAUCGGAAAAAUAGGACCACAAGGACCUCAAGGAGCUGGAAAUUUAAGCCUGUGCACCUAUAAGGAAAUUCAAGGCAAUACGACUACGCCUACUGCGUCUGCAAUUGCUGAAGCUGAAAUAACAGAAGCACUGGUAAGUAGGCUUUUUUUGUGUGUUUCUUCCAUUUCAUUUCUAGCCCCUCCCGAGUAUGUGGCAUGGUGGCCAUGUAUGUGUCGUGUAGAGUUUAAAAAAGCCCAUAAGCAAUAUUUACUACAAUAUCUGUCUCUCAAAUGCAAUUUUGUAACAAAGAUUAAGAAAACAACAACAUCAAAAGAUAAAAACGUCCAUCACGACCACAGAUCGUCGGCAUGGGGUAAAAAUAUACUUGGACUUUGGUUAUUGUUAGCAGUGCAUAAAUUUUAUAGUUUUGGCUUUCAUACUUGAUCUAUUUUCGGCAACGGUACCUUUAACGAAGUUAGUAAGAUGGCGCUUUAUUUCAGCUUUUUACAGAAUUAGGAAGGUUAAAUUUCACCUGAAUGAUAAAAGUGCAGGUUACAGUGUACUAUUAAAGGCUUAGCUUAGCACGUGACUUGUUUUACUUCGUACGUUUAACAGGGUUCUCUUCGGGCAAUUUUCCUUUGCGUUGACUUCUCUUCAAUUAUCUAAGCCUCUAAAACAUUUAAUGGCUAAGAGCAAUCCGAUUGGAGAUGAACUGUUUACAAUUCAAGUUUUUAAUAUCUUAUUGUUGUUCCGUCACACAGGACCGAAGAAUUCUGGGCGUUUCCUGCUCUACAAACAACGCUGCAGAGUAUAAUCUCCAAACAAUUCAAAGCGGAUUACAGAAUAAAUAUCUUUGCACGUGCAGGGGACAGUCAUCCUUAUUUUUUGCUAUUCCGAUGUGGUGCAAGAUUCAUUACUGGGAAUGUCCAUUAACAACGUAA